AGAAUAAUGGAAAUCAAAUCGAACGGCGAUACUUCAAUAGCGAAUCGUAUCGUUUAUGGGAUUCCCGAUAACUGGGAGAUCGGAAUCGAAAAAUUUCAAAAAAAAUGAAUCAUUCGAAUUCCUUCGGUAUUAGUGAAAUGGUACAAUUCAUCGGAAUCCGUGAUUUUUGUUUGGAAUGUUUUCAAUUCUUUUUAUACUCGUCUACGGACGAUUGAAAUCUUUACUGCAUUCGGCGAGUUGUUUUUUUCAGACAGAAAUUUCUUAUCGCAAUAAACAAAAAAGAAAGGCAAUAAAAAUCGGACUUCAUGAAAAAUUCAGUUAUCAAAACGAACGAAUUGGCAAGCCAAUCAGGCGCCGAAAAUUCAACUUCGUACAUCACGUACGAUUCGCACGUCUUAUUUUUUUGCGUACGCUUGAAAUGAGAAAUAGAGUCCGCAGCGGGUAUACAGCGUAGGUAUUCAAUAGGCCGACACUUAUCAAAUUAAACGUGUAACGUGCGACUACUUUUUUUCAAGUCUUCCACUUGACUGGCCUACUGACCCCACCAGCCGCCAUUGACUGACUCUAUGGACUCUCAAACGUUGACUCACGUAUGCACGAAUAAAGCUGAGAAAGUGACGUGCGUCCCCCGCCAGAAUUUUUUUUUACUAUUUGUUUUUUUUUGUUUUUUUCUUCUCUCGUUUUCAUAUAUUUUUCUUUUUCCUUCCUUUAUUGGCAUUUCCGAUUCAUAACUCAUUCGGACUCGCGACGUUCAAGAGCUCGGUACUUUUUAUUAUGUUUUAAACAAAUAUUACCACACCGAGUGCUGAAGUUAACGUGGUGCAGUGACAUCCGGAAACUUAUCAGAAGUUAUUACGUGUGCUUCGAGUGAAAAUUAAAUAAAUAUAACUCGGUGAAGUUUUCUCCCGAUCGUAAUUCAUUCGUUUCUUGAAAAAAAAAAGAAAAAGAGAACGCACACAAUUUUCAGGUAUAAAUACUUGGAUCUAUGACAAAAAAAAGGAAAUUUAAAACACGUCGCGAAACGCUAUGAGGAGGACAGCGUGCAGGUGACGCGCGGAUAAAAAAAAUCAACGUGAAAAGGUGGAAAAAAAAAAAACAAAUAUUUUCUCCGACAGAGUGAAAGUGCAGUUUUGAAAUAUUUUCGAUAACAUCGGGGGGUCGAUCACCCUCGUCGUCGCUGACAGGAUGGGCGUUAAUUUUUUCGCGUUAUUCGUAACUCUGACAAUAUCGUUUUCGAACGGGGCACGUGUGAUAAACUUCGUUCCCACGACAACUUCCUCCGCUCGUUCAUCUCAGGUAGCCGUCGACCUCCCGCUGACAACUCGAGACUUUUUUAUCGGUCCGUGUCUAGUGAAAACAAACAACACCUGCCCGGAUGACGAAGUGACAUUCUUCCUUUACACGCGUAAAAACAUGAACGACAGCCAACAGAUCAAUAUAUCAAAAUUUGGAUCGUCGAACAUCCGGCAGACCGAUUUCAACGCUAAUAAUCCGACGAAAAUCAUCAUCCACGGUUACAAUUCGGACAUGUUUCUCGACACGCUGGUCAGUAUAAGGACGGAAUAUCUGACCAGAGGGGAGUAUAACGCCAUAGCGGUCGAUUGGCACAGAUUAGCCGUUGCUCCUUGUUAUCCCGUUGCCGUUCACAACGUACCUCACGUGGGUAAUUGCGUUGCUCAGUUGAUUGAUAUCAUAAAAAAGGAAACCGGUGCCAAGGACAUUCACGUGAUCGGUUUUUCACUGGGCGCACACGUACCGGCGUUCUCGGCUAGGGCUCUCAGACCCUAUAAAAUACCGAGGAUAACAGGACUCGAUCCCGCGAUGCCGUUGUUCAUAACAGUGAGUAAAGAUGAGAAACUCGAUUCGGAAGACGCCGAUUUCGUCGACGUGUUUCACACGAACGCAUUCAUACAAGGGAAGGUCGAGGCCAGUGGACACAUUGAUUUUUAUAUGAACGGCGGGAUUAAUCAACCGGGAUGCUGGGAGAAAAGGAAUCCUUUCGGGUGUAAUCAUCAUCGUGCCGCGGUUUAUUUCGCCGAAUCGAUAAACUCAGAUAUCGGUUUUUGGGGCUGGCCGUGCCCCGGACUUCUUUCAUAUUUACUGGGGUUAUGUCCACCUAGAUUUCCAGCCGUUUUGGCAGGAGAUCGAUGCAAUUUUCAAUACAGAGGUUUUCAUCUCGUCAAAACCAGAGCCGAGGAACCCUUCGCCCAAGGACCGUUCACGGAAAAUCCUCGAGACACUCACAAAUAAUUUCUCCACUCAUUUCUGUCCGUAGAAAAAAAGUUAACAUUAUUGAAAUUAGUUAAAUUAAGAUUUUUAGACGUACGAAAAAAAUGAUGCAACUAUACGUGUAUAUAAAUUGUUUGUUAUUUAUAUAAUCUAAGAAUAUAAUACUAAGUGUUAUUGUU